GCCGCAUAUUCUCAAUGAAGUAGCACUGCAUGAGCAGAGGUACGCGUUGAAGGCUUUAUGAUAUCCUGGCUCACACAAAGAAAUCAUCAGGGGUGGUUUGAAAACGAUGUGACGCAGUCAUAGCUUGUGACAGAUUAUCUUCUUGUUGAGAGGGCCUGACGGGAGCUGCUGGAGCACCUGGUGAUGCAGUCUGAGUAAAUUUGCCCUAAACUUAUUGGUGUUAUCCUGAGACCUCUGGCUCUGACAUGGGUAAUGGAAUAAACAAGGUCCUGCCUGAUCUUUAUCUGGGAAAUUUCAAAGAUGCACGAGACAGGGAGCUGUUGGCACGGCACAACAUCACCCACAUCCUGUCCAUCCAUGAUACAGCUGCACCCGUCCUGGAGGAGAUGACGUACCUCUGUAUAUCUGCUGCUGACCACUCUAAGCAAAACCUGAUUCAGUACUUCAGAGACAGCAUCAUGUUUAUCCACGAGUCCCGACUGAAAGGAGAAGGCUGCCUCGUUCACUGCGUGGCAGGAGUGUCCCGCAGCGUGACUCUGGUGGUGGCCUACAUCAUGACGGUGACGGGCUGCGGCUGGGUGGAGUCUCUGGCGGCGGUGAGGGCGGCCAGGCCGUGUGCGGGGCCCAACCUGGGCUUCCUGCGGCAGCUGGAGGAGUUUGAAAACACAGACCUGGCAGAAUAUCGAGCCUGGUGGAAGGACCGGUACGGGAAGAGCUCGUUGAAUGAUGAGGGGGAGAUCAAAGCUCUUUUAACUCAGAAAUCCAACUGCAGCAGCAGCAGCAGCAGCAGCACCAUAUCAACCAACACCGCUCCCGCUUUGGCCACAAGUGGCACCUGAAAGAAAAUGUCUCCUGCCAGUCUCGUCUUACCUCACCUGAAGCAGCCGAGGACUGCGGGCUUCUGCUCGGACCACUGAACCUAUUAAGACCUGACCAGCUCAGAGGAUUUCUGGCAUUUCAUGAUCGAUCCUGCAGAGAGAAAAACAGCAGCGGGAACAUUUGUCUCUUAGAAUAAUUCUGUAAUGAUAUGUGUUGAAUCUCUUUUUUUUUUCUUUUUUUUUUUUGCAGUCAUGUGACGGGGGAAUUUUUUUAUGUCAUUAUCUUGAGUCCCUUUCGUCAUGUCAUGUCCUCGCCUCUAACUGUCAAAACAACAUGCAAGGGCAGUCAAGCAUGACACCAAGGAAAUAUGUACAUACAGUCCACAGUGUGAACACACAUUUAGCAGCGUGCACUCCCCUGUCAGUUAUGUUAUGCUGUGUCUUGUACUUGGAAUAUGAGUAUUACUUUCUAUAGACUGUGUGAAAGCUGAAGAAUAAAGUAUCUUCCAGUAAACCACAAUCAGAAGAUUUAGGCUUUGUGUUGGAAUUUGUUUGUAGUUAAAGUCUAAAAAGAAACAUAAUUAAUGCAACAAUAGCCAGGAUUCACAGAAAAUGCCUGUGUAAGUAUAUUAAUAUUAAUGAUUCACAUCUGUCUGCUCCUGGAAAACGUAUUUACACAUGUGAAUUUGUAUUUGAAUUAAAUAUGACUUAACAUGAGAAUAUUUUUAUAUGUGGACCCCAAAAAAAAUGGCACAAAAUUAUUUAAAAAUAGAGAGGGAAACAAAGCAAACUCAGUUUUUGCUAUAAAGAAAAUUAUUCAGACUUUCCUCUCAUCUUUCCUGGAUGAUUUAGGGGAUUCACAACUUUUGAAAUGAUUCAAACAAAAGGGGGGAAAAGCCUUUUAGUCUUUGUUUGAACCAGUUACAAGAUGUCUGUACCUAUUCAUUUUUUUUUACUUAAAAGUAACAAAAACAGAAUGUAAAAAUACUUAAAGUGCUGAUUUCAAGUAAAGUAAAGAAAUAUUAUCAGCAAAAUGGUGCCUAUUUUCAAAAAUAAAAGUACACAAAAAAAACCCUUCCCCUGUGAUUGAUUCAUCAUUAUUACAUCAGACAUUAUUAGACUUAUUAGACUAUUAAUGCUGAUGCAUUAAUGCCUAGCUGCUUGAAGGAGGACUUUGUUUAAAAUAUAAAUACAGUCUGGUAGUUCAGUUCAACAGGGCUCAGGACUAUAUAAUAUACUAUAUACAAUAUAAAACAAUAUGAAACCAUUAAAAUAAAUUCCACCUAAACUUUUUUAUGUUAAUUAUAUAUGUUAUUAUAUGUUAUUAUAUGUGAAUGCAUCAGUUGUAAUGAUCCAUUAAUAUUAUUAUGUCAUUAUACAGCACUGACAGUGACAUGUUACUUUUUAUACGUAAUGUACUUGAUUAUUAUCCUUUAGCACAGUUUCACUUAGUUUACACAAGUGGCUCCAUUUUAUACUAUUUUAUACUUCUACUCAGGGAUCCCAAACCAUUUUAAACAUCACAUUCAAGGAUUCAUUUUCAAGGAAUUUCAAGGCCCAAUUCCCAACACGGCAUGGUUUGAGACAUAUAUCAAAGUUAAUACAGAAUUUUUAUAAUGAGAACUAUCAGGUUUUACAGAAGCUAAUAAUAAUAAAUGUGUGUUGUGUUACGGUGACGGCAGACAAUAUGUAACAAUAUGUUGUGUAACCUGAGCAGCACAGAUAGAGACUUCAUUAUGA